AUGUCGAGUUAUCAGACCUCGAAACCACGGAAAAAGGUCAAACCCAUACUGAAGAAACUGACGCAGAGUGAGAAGAACUCUCUAGACCUGGAUCGGCCCUCGGGGGAACAAGAUGGGUUCAGCGCGGGUACGGGACUCUUUGAAUACAAUUAUGGGACGGCCUCUCGUGGUUCUCACGAUGUGGUCUUCCAGGGAAGGGGGCAACAACAUCGGGUAGGCCACACUCGAAGCACAUCGGGGACUUCGCAAUUCUCGACAGCGACAGCUGGGAGUUUUGUCCACCCGUUCCAGCAGACUCCCCGUCCAUAUACGCCUCCGCUGGUUGCGAGCUACCAGAAUUCAGUUCGUGACAGUGAAAUCUCGAACCAUUCACCAGCAUUCACUGAAGAUGAAGCCGACCAUGGCAGACUCAAUUAUACACUACGUCCCUCAAACACCGGGACGUCCUCUUCCCUUCAGCAUCCACAAUUGCGUCUUCAAACUAAGCAGUCAUCCUCGCGGCUAGCACUCGCAACGUCUACAAGCUCGCUCAGCCAUACAGGCCAACUUAGUGCAGAAUACACGUCCCCUGUGGACACCAUGUCUCCUUCCUCCCUUCGUACCUCUAUGGACAAGGGAUUUCGGCUGCGCAGCCGGUCCGAGGUUGACGGUCGUGGUCGCCAUGAAACAAUCGCCGAAGAACGACGCAAAUUUCAUGAGAGAGAACAAGCAAAAGAGGAGAAGGCAGCUCGUGAUGAGGUCAAAGCCAUAGAGAGGAGGAACUACAAAGAGGCACGGGAGCAGGAGCGCCGUCAUCGCAGAUCAUCUGCUAGUGAAGAUAUCCGAUCUAAGCGCUCAAAGUCGGAUUUGACAUUGCGAACUGAGAAGAGUGGCAACACAGUGGGGAGAGAUUAUGACAGUAUACCAACCCAAAACACGCCUUCCAUUGUUGCCAAUCUGGAGGACGGCCCUAGGCGUGUACACAAGGAAAGUGCGAAGAAGAAGACGUAUAGUGCAUGGCAAAAGUUCAUGAUAUGGUUACGUACUAGAUUUAUUCGUGUUAGUAAUAAGAAAUUAUAA